GGAGCGUGUGGCGGAGGAUUAAUGUAGCCUCGUCCUGGGCUCGGCAGCGGCGCUUCCUUCGUCUGGCUCGGUCGCCCACAGCGAGCCCCUUUCCGCGCGCUCCUCUCUGCCGGCGUGCGGGCGGGCGCCGCCGGGGCGCCAUGGAGGAGGAGCGGGCGGGCGAGCAGAUGAGACCGCUACUCACCACGGGUCACGAUGAAGAAGCUGUUGUGGAUAUGGGCAAAACUAGCUCUACUGUCAACACAAACUUUGAGAAAGAAGAACUAGAGAGCCACAGAGCUGUGUACAUUGGUGUACAUGUCCCAUUUGGAAAGGAGGGCCGUCGACGUCAUAGGCAUCGUGGACAUAGGCAUCACAGAAGAAGAAAAGAGAAAGAAACUGAUAGAGAAGAUGGGCGAGAAUCUCCAUCAUAUGACACCCCAUCCCAACGAGUGCAGUUUAUUCUGGGUACUGAGGAUGAUGAUGAAGAACACAUUCCCCAUGAUCUCUUCACUGAAAUGGAUGAACUGUACUUCAAGGAUGGGGAAGAAUAUGAAUGGAAAGAAACUGCCAGGUGGCUAAAAUUUGAGGAGGAUGUUGAAGAUGGUGGUGAUCGAUGGAGCAAACCUUAUGUGGCAACUCUGUCUCUGCACAGUCUCUUUGAACUGAGAAGCUGUAUUCUAAAUGGGACAGUCAUGUUGGACAUGAGAGCAAACACACUAGAUGAGAUAGCAGAUAUGGUGUUGGACAACAUGAUUGCUUCAGGUCAGCUGGAUGAGUCCAUAAGAGAGCAUGUCAGAGAAGCUCUCCUCAAGAGACACCAUCACCAGAACGAGAAGAAAUUCAGCAGUCGGAUUCCCCUGGUUCGGUCCUUUGCAGAUAUAGGCAAGAAACAUUCUGACCCUCACUUGCUUGAACGAAAUGGGCUUCUAGCAUCUCCACAGUCAGCACCUGGAAAUUUGGAUGCUGGAAAAAGUGGAGAUGUUAAAGGUAAUGGAACAGGAGGAAGCAGAGAAAAUAGCACUGUUGAUUUCAGUAAGGAGUCAGCCUCCUGGCACUGUAGUUGUGGCACACUUGGUGUGGGACUCAAGAGGCCAGCUGUUGAUAUGAACUUCAUGAGGAAAAUUCCCACAGGAGCGGAAGCAUCAAACGUGUUGGUGGGAGAAGUAGAUUUUUUGGAAAGACCAAUUAUUGCUUUUGUGAGACUGUCCCCUGCUGUGCUUCUCUCAGGUCUCACAGAGGUUCCUGUUCCUACACGGUUCUUGUUUCUGUUACUGGGUCCAGCUGGCAAGGCACCACAGUACCAUGAAAUCGGAAGAUCAAUAGCAACGCUUAUGACUGAUGAUGUUUUCCACGAUGUUGCUUAUAAAGCUAAAGACCGUAAUGAUCUGUUAUCAGGAAUUGAUGAAUUUUUAGACCAAGUGACUGUCCUGCCUCCAGGAGAGUGGGAUCCAUCUAUACGCAUUGAGCCACCAAAAAGUGUUCCUUCCCAGGAGAAAAGGAAGAUACCUAAAUUUCCAAAUGGAUCUACUUCUACAGGAGAGAUUCUCAAACAGGAGAGCCAUCAUGCUGGACCUGAGCUACGGAGGACUGGAAGGCUUUUUGGUGGUUUGAUACUUGACAUCAAAAGGAAAGCACCUUUUUUCUUGAGUGACUUCAAGGAUGCAUUAAGCCUGCAGUGCCUGGCCUCGAUUCUUUUCCUAUACUGUGCCUGUAUGUCUCCUGUAAUCACUUUUGGAGGGCUCCUGGGAGAAGCUACAGAAGGCAGAAUAAGUGCAAUAGAAUCUCUCUUUGGAGCCUCAUUAACUGGGAUUGCCUAUUCUCUGUUUGCUGGGCAACCUCUUACGAUACUGGGGAGCACUGGACCAGUUCUAGUAUUUGAAAAAAUAUUAUUUAAAUUCUGCAAGGACUAUGGGCUUUCCUAUCUUUCCCUGCGAACCAGCAUUGGUCUGUGGACUUCAUUUUUAUGCAUAGUAUUAGUAGCAACUGACGCAAGCAGCCUUGUGUGUUACAUCACUCGAUUUACUGAGGAGGCUUUUGCAGCACUCAUUUGCAUCAUAUUUAUCUAUGAAGCAUUGGAAAAGCUUUUUCAUUUGGGAGAACUUUAUGCCUUCAAUAUGCACAAUGACCUGGAUAAAUUGACUUCAUAUUCAUGUGUGUGUUCUGAGCCUCAGAACCCUAGCAAUGAAACUUUACAGAUGUGGCUGAAGACCAAUACAUCUGUGGAUACUGUAACAUGGACUAACCUCACAGUUUCUGAAUGCAGAAAGUUUCAUGGUGUGUUUCUUGGAUCAGCUUGCGGUCAUCAUGGCCCAUAUAUUCCAGAUGUUCUGUUUUGGUCCGUGAUAUUAUUCUUUACAACAUUUUUCCUCUCCUCUUUUCUCAAGCAGUUUAAGACCAAACGUUAUUUCCCUACUAAGGUGCGCUCUACAAUCAGUGACUUUGCUGUAUUUCUGACCAUAGUGAUCAUGGUUCUGAUUGACUGGCUUGUUGGAGUUCCUUCUGCUAAAUUACAUGUUCCUGAGAAAUUUGAACCCACUCAAAAAGACAGGGGAUGGCUCAUAGAUCCUCUUGGAGGUAAUCCUUGGUGGACACUACUGGUAGCUGCUUUUCCUGCAUUACUCUGUACCAUUCUCAUUUUCAUGGACCAGCAAAUCACAGCAGUAAUCAUAAACAGAAAGGAGCAUAAGUUGAAGAAAGGCUGUGGCUAUCAUCUUGAUCUGCUCAUGGUUGGUGUUAUGCUGGGGAUAUGUUCAAUAAUGGGCUUGCCUUGGUUUGUGGCUGCAACUGUCCUGUCUAUAAGUCACGUCAAUAGCCUAAAAGUAGAAUCUGAAUGCUCUGCCCCAGGAGAGCAACCUAAGUUCUUGGGAAUCCGGGAGCAGCGCGUGACAGGGUUAAUGAUAUUUGUUCUGAUGGGCCUUUCUGUGUUCAUGACCUCUGUUUUGAAGUUUAUUCCAAUGCCAGUUUUGUAUGGUGUCUUUCUUUACAUGGGAGUAUCUUCACUAAGGGGCAUCCAGUUUUUUGACCGUAUAAAAUUGUUUGGAAUGCCUGCCAAACAUCAACCUGAUUUGAUCUACCUCCGUUAUGUGCCACUCUGGAAGGUCCACGUCUUCACAGUUGUUCAGCUCACCUGUCUAGUUCUUUUAUGGGUGAUUAAAGCCUCUGCAGCUGCUGUUGUUUUCCCUAUGAUGGUGCUAGCAUUAGUUUUCAUUCGUAAGCUCAUGGACUUAUGUUUCACCAAACGAGAGCUUAGUUGGCUGGAUGACCUUAUGCCAGAAAGUAAGAAGAAGAAAGAAGAUGAUAAAAAGAAAAAGGCAAAAGAGGAAGCAGAGCGAAUGCUUCAGACAGUGGACAGUGAAACUGUACAUCUUCCAUAUGAAGGAGGAAAUCUCUUACAGAUUCCUGUAAAGGCCCUAAAAUACAGCAUUGAUCCCUCAGUUGUAAACAUAUCAGACGAAAUGGCCAAAACUGCACAAUGGAAGGCUCUUGCCAUGAAUACUGAGAAUGCCAAAGUAACCAGAGCUAACCUGAGCCCUGAGAAACCAGAAAGUGUGAAAAUAAGCAUGGAAGAUUCACCUGUAAUGAAGUAUGUGGAUGCUGAAACAUCAUUAUAGAACGAAAUCAAGGGGAAUUAUAUAUGUGUGUGUUUGUAUAUGUAUAUAUGACUGUAGGAUAUCAGACCAUUGAAUGGUGAUUUCCAUGUUUCUUUAAGAAGUAUCACGUGGACUGCAGUUAUUAGCACUGUAGAUACUAUACGUGUAUAAUGAGAUGUUCAUACAAGUAAGAUGGGUGGUGAUCACGCCUCAAAUAUUUAUUUUAUUGGAAAUUUUAUUUUCAUUUUUUAAAUAGGAAGAUUGAAAUGAAUGCAUAUUCUUUUUAGUAAUCAAUAUGUGCAUAAAUGUCAAAUCAGCUUUUGCUGAUAAUUAUUGGUCCACAUUACUUAGUAUGUUGUAAUACGUCUCUGUUGUAACUUCUUCUGCUACAGAAUUUUGUUUUCAGUGCAGGCAAUUACAUUUGAGAUUUUUUGCAGGGAAAGCACAGAUUGUCAGUUUCCAUAGAACAAAUGUUAAUGUGCCAUUACAUAAACUGCAUAUAUGACUUUUCUCCACUAUAUGAUGAUGAUCUUUCUGGAUUCUUUGAUUCAUAUUUCAUGGCAUUGGCCUUUCAGCCAUAAACUGAUACGUGACGUAGUCCUUAAAAUAUAUAUAAUGCUGUACCAUCCCCUUGUAAAAAAAAAUCUAUUCUUCAAAUCCUAUUAGAUUACUCAAUAGCAAUACGGGUCCUCUUUAAAUGUAGUUUUAAUCUCAAAUCAGUAUUUGAUAUUUCUGGAACCUCAAUGUUUAAGUAAUGUAAAAUGGAUCUCCAACAGAAAUAAUUUAGUAUGUAUUUGAUUUGGUUGAUAACUAUUUAUUAGAGCUCAUUACAUUAUCGUCUUGAACUCUUAGAGAGAUGUUUUCCUCUCCCUGUGCAUGCAUAACUUCUGUUGACUUUAAUGGAAGACGCCACAUUCUCAGGAGACUGGAGCCUUUCCAGCAUCUCUUGUCCUCAUCAGAAUGUCUUUUUCUUGAAUCAGGCUUAAUUCUUUUUUUUAAUGUAUAAAGUAUUUGACUAAGUUAUCAGCAGUUGGUUAGAAUUCUGAAAUAGCUUUAUGACCAGUAUUUUAUGGAUUACAAAUUACCUUGGGUUUUGUGUUUACAGUUAUGAUCCUUUCCAUUGUAAAGGGCAUAUUUGGUAGCAUAUUAACCUUAAUUUUUAAAAAAAGUUUUAUUUAUUUUAAUUGGUAUGAAUCUUAAUGCUGUGUAAAAUAAAUCUGAAAAAGUUAAUAUUUGUAUACUAAAGUAAAUUUGAUUUAUUGGGGCCCUUGGACAUUUAGAUAUUUCACUGAGAAUGCAGUUGUUGUGUUCCAAGUUAUUGUACUGGUAUCUCCAAUCCCUGCAAUGUUCAGUGUGAGCAUUUGUAUUUGAGGAAAUGUUAAAAUUUUAUGUCAAGAUCAAAAUCUUGAUCACUUACCUGUUUUCACUGUUGAUGUUAUUUGCCUUAUUCUUUGGGUUUUUUGGUGUUACUUUAUUUUCUCAAAUGAUUUAUCUAAAUUUUGAGCUGCUAACAGCAUUUGUUAGGCUCCUAAUAGUUUUAAGUACAAACUACAUAUAUUAAAAAUAGAGGGCACUAUUUUCAAAAGCACUCACCUUUGGCUUAAUUCUGCUGCUCCCUUUGAAGUUAAUGAGAGUUUUAUGCUUAAACUCUCAUUAACUUCAAAGAGAGCAAAGUUAAGCCAAGGCAAUGUUUUUGAAAGUACCACUCAACAUGGAGUUGGGUGCUGUCAAUUUGGGGUGAGGAUCAUUUUGCAAUAAAACUAAAAACAGUAAUUGGGUAUGGUGGAAAUAUUGCUAGUGGCAUUAAAGUUAUAUUAAAAAGUUAAACUUGACAUACAUUACCAUCCCCUUUAAUUGUAAUCAUGAUAUAGUAAAAUGGUGCUGAUGUGGUUAGGCUGAAUUCCAGGGGAAAAAAUAAGUUUUUUGACCCAAACAACAAUACAAAGCAGUAUGAGUAACGCUGUGGAAACUGACAUCACAACAAUGGCUGAAGUCUGAGCAAAAUCAAAUAAGGUCUGCACUAUCAAUUUGACUAAUAUUGAGUCAGACACAGUAUAGGUAUUGCUUCAUUCCUGGGUGUUUGUAUGGCCUGUUUCUUAGCCUGAAGAUAUGCUCCUUCAAGGAAUAUGUUUUUUCCUCUGGUUGAAAUAAGAUGUACACUAGAAUUAUGGCUGUCUCUCCCAAAUACUCCUCAAACCUCACAAACAAUGAAGUCCAUGUCUGCAAGUCAACUCUUGACUGUUAAGUAUCUUCUUUCUGAUACAGUCAAGAAAGAGAAUAAAAACUCCUCUGCCAGUGUAUGUAGCAUUAUCCACAGUGCUUUUUUACUUACUGGUCAUCCUUUAGCAUUUUAUUCUUCCAUGUCCACAGCUGCACAACAAUUUCCAAAGACCCAAAACCGACAUCACAGAUUUUGAGAUUUUUUAACCCUUUAAUGCCAGAGUUUAGGGUCUCAUGACACUGAACAUUUUGCAUCUGGUUUCCAUUGCCAAAGGGUUAAUAAGUUUUGGCUACUUUACAGGAAGUGGGUAUUUUUCUAUUUAAAGUAAAAAUUUGAAAUCUUAGAAUCACAGUAUUCCAUGGAUUCUGUUGAAUAAUGUAAAUAAUUAAUCAGUGCCAGAAUUACCAUAACUUGCAAAGUUGUUUACAUUUUGUUCCAAUGUUCUUGGUUAAUAAUGUGUUUAUAUUCUCACUUCUUUUUAACCACUGGACAUCAGAAUCAGACCUGG